GUCCGAUAUGGUCCUUGUGGAUGUGAAAAUGCUCUCUGGGUUUACUCCCAUCCUCUCAUCGAUCGACAAGCUUAAACACAAUGGCCAAGUAAUGAAGACGGACAUAAAGAGCAGCCACGUUCUUUUGUACUUGAACCAUGUUUUCAGGGAAGAAAACGUCUUCACCUUCUCUAUAGAACAAACCAACAUUGUGUCUAACACCCAGCCAGCCCCGGUCAUCGUCUACAGUUAUUAUGAAAAUGAUGAAUAUGCGGUUGAUUCUUACAACAUUCCGGGUUCCCAAUAAGACAAACAAGAGCACAAGUAGGAGACUGUUUCUUUGAAUAAACUGUGUUGAUCAGCAUCCUAGCAGAGAGCCACUACCAACCACCUCACAUCCUGA